AUGAGCAACCGAGAACUCUAUCAAGUGCUCAGAGCUAUCAACGGGCUAACUACCAACCCUGUAAGUAUCACUAGUGAUCCAGCCUCACUCAAAGGAGGAUACCAAAGCCGAAACGAUGACCCUCAGCAGAGAAGACCACGCGCUCAGCAAGCUGGUACCUUUCCUGUUGUGCCGACAGAUGCAGAAAUUGAUGGAGACAGCACAUUCAAGGUGCGCUUUGAUGGAUUGACGGACAGCGCUGGCAUACUGCACAAGCCAAGAAGUCGCAGUCCUUACAGCAAACCCGGAUUAUGGGAACCUAAUCCUGACGAUCCACAUAAUCGAGAUCAUGCGAACAAGUAUUUCUUCGCUCCACGUUCUGUGGGAGUUGAUUGGCUCAAUGGACAGGUCGCAUGGGGUGGUCAUUGGGCAGUUCCAGCGGCUGGAGUGGGUGGUACUGAUGGAUACAGUACGGUUCAUUUCCCCACUAUCGGCACUUUCCUCAACAUUCCCGAUGACUACGACUAA